AUGGAGGGCGCCUCGAAAGAGUGGCCUGCCACGUUCGGGCCUAAUAACGAGCGUCCGACUUACAGCUCUGAAGAGACUGUUGGUCACGUCAACGGUGGUCGUACGGUUGUGGGCCCGACUGUCGACCAGACCCUCGCCGAAAAAGUUGCCGAGAAGGAAAAGGUCAAGACGGAAACCGGAAAGCGAGAAUUAAAGGAAGAAGACUGCGAGAGUGAACUUGGCUUUGCUUUCUCUUGGUGGAAGAAGUGGUGGAUUCUCACCGUCAUCUUCCUCGUCCAGACUUCGAUGAACUUUAACACCUCUCUAUACUCAAACGGCCUCGAAGGAAUCUCGGAGGAAUUCAACGUUAGCAAGCAAGCCGCUCGUCUUGGUGCAGCUAUCUUCCUCAUCACCUACGCUUUUGGCUGUGAGUUAUGGGCUCCUUGGUCUGAAGAGUUCGGCCGGAAGCCUAUCCUACAGGCUUCUAUGUUUCUCGUCAAUAUUUUCACCCUACCGGUCGCUCUAGCUCCCAACUUUGGCUGCCUACUAGCCGGGAGAGCCCUCGGAGGUCUUUCUACCGCUGGAGGAAGUGUGACGCUAGGUAUGGUGGCCGAUAUGUUCGAAAGCGACAGACAACAAUAUGCCGUGGCUUAUAUUGUCUUCUCUUCCGUCGGCGGAUCUAUUCUCGGACCCAUCGUAGGUGGUUUCGUAGAGACCCUUCCCCCGCAUCAGGCGUGGCGGUGGUGUACCUGGAUCCAGCUGAUCUUCGGCGGGGCUGUGCAACUAUUGCAUCUCUUCACGGUACCUGAGACACGCACGACAAUCAUGCUGAACAAGAUUGCCAAGAAGCGUCGAGAGAGUGGCGAGGACCCUAACGUUUACGGCCCCGAUGAGAUUGAAUCUUUCUGGAGUCGAUUCACGUUGAAGGAACUCAUUUACACCUGGCUCCGCCCCUUCCGCAUGUUCCUAACUGAGCCUAUCGUGUUGACGCUGUCGCUACUCUCUGGUUUCUCGGACGCCCUAAUCUUCAUGCAGAUCCAGUCAUUCGCUCUGGUUUAUCAGCGCUGGAACUUCAACUCCUGGCAGAUCGGUCUCGCCUUUGUUCCUAUUGGUCUCGGUUAUGUAUUCGGUUGGCUUCUUUUCCUGCCGGCUUUCAAGCGAAAUCAAAGGCGUCGCGAAAAACAUCCCGAAGACGAGCAUGCCCAGUACGAGUCUCGUCUUUCUCUUCUGCUCUGGCUCGUCCCAUGCUUGCCAAUCGGUCUCAUCAUAUUUGCCUGGACGAGCGGUGGUCCGCCGCUACACUGGAUCGGCUCUAUGUUUGGCACGUGCAUAAUAGGCAUUGCCAACUACGCCAUCUACAUGGCUACAAUUGACUACAUGAUCUGCGCGUACGGACCUUACUCUGCCUCGGCGACUGGUGGCAACGGUUGGGCGCGUGACUUCUUGGCUGGUGUCCUCACCCUCCCGGCGACUCCCUUCUAUACCAACAUCGGUGCCGAGAAGGGUCUGAACCUGCAGUACGCAUCAACAAUCCUCUUCUGUAUCGCAUUCGUUUUGGUUAUUGCCGUAUACGUCAUCUACUGGAAGGGUCCGACACUGCGUAAGCGCUCGCCUUUCGCUCAGAGCUUGGCUCAAGGUGCUGCCCAAUUCGGCGGCCACGCUCUUAGUCACGUCCACUCCCAUCGCCCGUCGACAGCAGGAGGUGAAACACGACCGCAGACGUCGACAACCCAUUCUCGGCCCACAACCGCACCAAACGCGCCGACUCUGGAAACCAUGCAAAAGCGACCUGGUGACCGCAUGUCGGCAUCGCGACACAAUUCCUACUACUCGAGUGCACAGGCUGCAAGCCGACGCCAGAGCCGACAGGCCAGCCGCAACCCUAGCAGACGAAACAGUAACGACCAUCAUCGAAUGUCCGAGGAUAGUGAGGAGGAAGGAAUUUCUCACCAUCAUCUCCACCACCGACUCCAGAACCUCAACACUAUCGCUUCGUUACCGACACAACCAACAGAGCCCCGGCCGUAG